CCAAAGUCCAAACCUAAAUUUUCAUAUCCAAUCCAAAUUGCCCAAAAUCCCGCCCCUACUUCUUCCUCCUCUCCUCUGCCACCAUAUUUUUAACGAGGUAAAGUUCAUCACAAGCUAUCAGUUACUGCAAUUAUUUCGAAAGAACAUUGGAGUAUGUUUUUCUUGCACCUUUUCCGAAUUACAGUUUGAAAUUUCACAAUUUGCUUCAAUUCUAUGGCUUGCGAAAUAGGAAGACCGGCGUAGUUCGGUAUUGGGAUAGCUGCAGCUUUCAAAUUACAAGCCUCGGCACUGAUUGAAAGAUAUAGCCCCUUUCAAUAACUUCGCCUCAGAGUCCUUAACUUAAGAAUAUGAUCAGAGUGCAAGAUGGAUACCAAAUUUGGAUUCCUAACGGUCAAAGGACUGGAAGAUAUGUUUAUACCCAUGUUGAGAAAUUGCAAGAGCACGGGUUUUAUGAAGAAAAUACAUGCUCAAAUGGUCAAGUUUUCCCUUUCACAGAGUAACUACUUGGUGACCAAAAUGGUUGAGAUAUGUGACAAAUUGGGAGAAGUAGACUAUGCCAGUUUGCUGUUCAAACAAGUUGAGGAGCCAAACAACUAUUUGUACAAUUGUAUGAUCAGAGCCUAUACAAACAGACAGAGGUAUGUGCCGUGUAUCAAUAUCUAUAAGCAAAUGAUGGAACAAACCGAGAGUGAAGAAACAACUUCUCCUGAUGAAUACACAUACCCAUUUGUUAUUAGGUCAUGUGGGGGGCUUUUGUGUGUUAAUCUAGGUAAACAAUUCCAUGGGCAGGUGAGUAAAUUUGGGUUUAAGUCUAGUAGUAUGAUAGAGAAUUCUUUAUUGGAUAUGUAUGUGAAGUGUGAUCAAAUGAGUUACGCACAUAAAUUAUUCGAGGAAAUGAGCGAGAGAGAUGUGAUUUCUUGGAACAGUCUCAUUUCCGGGCAUAUAAAGUUGCGUCAAGUGAGAAAGGCAAGAGCUUUAUUUGAAGAGAUGCCAAACAAGACUGUUGUUUCUUGGACAGCUAUGAUUUCGGGAUACACAAAAACUGGCUGCUAUGGAGAUGCCUUGGAUGUUUUUAGGAGAAUGCAAAUGAUUGGGAUGAAACCUGACUGGAUUAGUCUGGUUGCUGUUUUACCUGCGUGUGCACAACUUGGAGCUCUCGAGUUAGGAAAGUGGAUUCAUUUCUAUGCAGAAAAGUACGGAUAUUUGAGGAAGACUUCUGUGUGCAACGCACUAAUGGAAAUGUAUGCAAAAUGUGGAAGUGUAAACCAAGCUUGGCAGUUGUUCAAUGAGAUGUCUGAAAGAGAUGUGAUCUCCUGGAGUACGAUGAUUGGAGGCCUAGCAAACCAUGGUAGAGCCCAUGAGGCACUGAAGUUGUUUAAUGAAAUGCAGAGGUCCGCCGUUGAACCAAAUGAGAUCACUUUUGUUGGUCUUCUUUGUGCCUGCGCGCAUGCUGGUCUGGUGAAUGAUGGUUUGAGGUACUUUAAUUCCAUGAAAAAUAAUUAUAACAUAGAGCCACGGAUAGAGCAUUAUGGUUGUCUGGUUGAUCUUCUUGGGCGUACAGGACGUCUUGAACUAGCUCUUGCACGCAUCAAGAGCAUGCCAGUGAAGCCCGACUCUGCUAUAUGGGGUUCCUUAUUGAGUUCUUGUCGAACUCAUCGCAAUCUUGAAAUGGCAGUCAUUGCAAUGGAACAUCUAUUAGAGCUUGAACCUGAAGAUACAGGGAACUACAUUCUGCUCGCUAAUAUUUAUGCAGAUCUUGGAAAGUGGGAUGGUGUAUCAAGGAUGAGGAAACUCAUAAGAAGUAAAAGCAUGAAAAAAACACCAGGCUGCAGUCUAAUUGAGGUAAACAGUGUGGUUCAAGAAUUUCUAUCAGGUGAUGAUUCAAAACCAUUUUCAAAAGAUAUCCAUCAGGUGCUGGAGCUAUUGGCCUUACAUCAAAGCAAAGAAAAUGAUCUGGUUGAUAUAACACUUGAGUACUUAAGUCCUUGAACUUAUACUUCAAAGCACUUCAGCGAAAUGUCAUUUUAGCACCGAUGAGAAGUGGUCACUCUUCAUAUGUCCUUUUUGAUUCAAGGUUUUUGGUAUAGUUUAUACCACAUUCUUUAGCGUCCGGAAGUCCCAUGAGGAGUCAUAGUACAAGCAAUCUCAAAUAACUCAGAGCUGGAAACCAUAAUUUGGCACCAUCACUUUAUAUGAGCCAAUCAGUCGUCUUGCAUUUCAUCCUUCCGGAGUCUUGUAGCUGCUUGGAACACUGCAAAAGCCGAACCAGGUUCCAUUGUUUCUAUCUUUUGCUUAGGCACGCAAAGUUCAACCAGGUUCCAUUGUUGAACGAGGUUCCACUGCAAAAAUUGAACCUAGCUUCAUUGCUGAUGAAGAGGAUGCAAAAGCUGCUGGUGUCCUCGUGAAUUAUUGGGAUUGCCAUUGACGCUAAGAAACAUGGUACAAGUAGAAUUUUGGAUACCCUUGUCUGAGAUAAUGAAUAGUAUUUGUUCAUAUCCUAUAUCAACUAUGACCUAAAUUUGAGCUUGGAUCCCAUGAUAGCUUGCUGGAGAGAAGUCAAAUUAAGCUCUACAUAGAAGUUGCAAUGUCAUACUUAAUGUUAGUUUUUAUACGUAUUUAUGUGUUCUAGAGAGAAGUCAAAUUAAGUUUUACACAACAUAUAAAGAAGCAAAAAAAAUUUACAUUGAAGUUGCGAAGAUAUCUAGUUGUGUCUUUAUUGGUUCAUGUUUGUACACGUGUACAUAUGUAUUUAUGUGUCCUCGCUUAUUUCGUAUUGGUAGCUAAUAACGAGUUGGAUUUCUUAAUGUUAGUUUUUAUAUGUAUUUAUGUGUUCUAGAGAGAAGUCAAAUUAAGUUUUACACAGCAUAUAAAGAAGCAAAAAAAAUUUACAUUGAAGUUGCGAAGAUAUCUAGUUGUAUCUUUAUUGGUUCAUGUUUGUACACGUGUACGUAUGUAUUUAUGUGUCCUCGCUUAUUUCGUAUUGGUAGCUAAUAACGAGUUGGAUUUCUUAAUGUUAGUUUUUAUAUGUAUUUAUGUGUUCUAGAGAGAAGUCAAAUUAACUUUUACACAGUAUAUAAAGAAGCAAAAAAAAAUUACAUUGAAGUUGCGAAGAUAUCUAGUUGUGUCUUUAUUGGUUCAUGUUUGUACACGUGUACGUAUGUAUUUAUGUGUCCUCGCUUAUUUCGUAUUGGUAGCUAAUAACGAGUUGGAUUUCUUGAUCUUUCACACGAAGGGGGUUAACCACAUAUAUGUAGAGCUCCCUCUAUAAAAAAGGGCAGCCCGGUGCACGAAGCAUCCCGCAUUCAUGCAGGGUCCGGGGAAGGGGCGCACCCCAAGGGGGUGUGAUGUAGGCAGCCUACCCAAGCAGUAUCAGUGGCUGAUUCCACGGCUCGUACCCGUGAUCUUUAGAUCACACAGAUAUAACUUUACCGUUGCUACAAGGCUCCCCUUUGAAGAGCUCCCUCUAUGAUAGAAUAAAAUGCUAAUUGAAAAGAACAAGUCUUAAUCCCUUUGAAUGACGGUUAACAAAAUGGUUUUGGGGGCUUUUCCUCACCCGUAUUAGGAAAUUGGCUUAUGAAAGGUUUCUAUGGUCAGAGUGGCUGUUCCAUUCUGAGUUUUAAACACUGCUCUUGUGAAUUUUCGAGUACUUGUAGUUCUCUGUUUUUGCCUGAGAAAUAGUCGAGUAAAAACUCAUCCAUCUUAUUAAUUGUCAUUUAUAGCCAAAAUUUUUGGUGUGACUGAAUUCAUCAAUCCAAAAGAGCAGGAGAAACCAAUACAGUGCCGCUUUCUAUAACUUUUUCUUUUUAAAUUCUUUUCUUACUUCUAACAUGUACCUUCUAUAGUUGUCAUAUAUACAAAAUAGAAUUUCUGUUACUGUGUAGUGCAGUAAUUCUUUUCUUAUUUUUAACAUGUACCUUCUAUAGUUUUCAUACGUACAAAAUAGAAUUUCUGUACUGUGUAGUGGAGUAAUAAUUAAGAUGCCUCAGAAAUCACAUUCUCUUCACACAAGAGUGGAGCAGCUUUUGCACCAGGGCAAUCAAAUGAGCAGUAAUGCCAUUUCUUUUGUUAGGUGGUUUAUGUAAUUCCCACCUCAGGUGGAGGGUUUAAACAUUUAGGUGGUUGAUUUGGCUGCUUUUCUUUGUUAGGUACUACAUUAUCUUUUAGAGCUGGAGUUGCCUUUAGCUGGAUGUUUGUUUGGAAAGUUGCCAACCAUUCACUGCCUGCAGUUCUGCAUCUGUAGCUGCACAUUUUAAAUUCGCGGAGUUGUGACACUACAAGGCUAAUGGACGACACUAAUUCUGCUUCCCGCAGAACAUUAGGUUUGAUGGGAAAGGAGGUGAUAGCGAGAAAUCGAAGGUGGGAAUGAGAAACUGGCGCCAGAUGACUGUAGUGUUGGAUGCUGCCGUGAGGGUUAAUUGAGAGUGUGCAAUACUCGCCGACAUUGUCGUCUUUUUGGUCUCUUCUUUUUUGAUAUAUGGGACAAAUCCAGAAAAAUAACAAAGGACAAGAUGCCAUACGUGAAUCUUGAUUUCUGUCUUCUAUUUCGAGCUACAUUCCUGUGAUUCCUAUUGUCACCUAGAGCUUCUUUA